UCAUUCCCAUGAUGGUUGAACGAUCGCAGUGCCAGAUUUCCCUCUAGUUAUACUAAUAUGAAACUCUAUGGUGCUUAUCAAUGCGCUUAUCACCACUAAGCGUUGCGUGUGCGAAGGCCGCUCGCGGUCAGCGAAGCGGAGUUUCCUGCUUGGAGGCAUGGGGGAGGAGGAAAAGUCGCAAGACGAAGAUAGGUGUUCUGUGGGAUCAGCGUCAACCUUUCCCCUUUCCCACAACGAACCACAUCUCUCAGUGGUUGUUUGUAGAAAGGAUAUAAAGUUGUAGAUGGUUGUAGCGUUGUAGCGACAGGGGUGUUCUGGCGCUGAGCCGUGCUCCCGCAAGGUCUCCUGAAGAAAGCGCCAACCUCGCAACGAACCACUUCUCUCUAGUGUGGUUGUAGCGCAGACCUCCUACAGUGGGAGAUCCCGUUUCGUACUCCCAGUAGCGCGCUGACAACAUUCUGUGCUGAUCUGACCCAGAUUUUGUUGUGUGCCAGCAAGAACAUCGACGGCGAAAUAUGCUCUCCGGGCUUGCCGGCGUUUUCAAUCCUCUUGAUGUAUUCUGGACGCUUGUUACAACUACAAUGCUCAUCGCCAGUUGCUGGUAUUUCGUCAAGAAAGAUGCCGCUCCAGGGCUGCUGACGGCGGCGAUGCUAUACGGAAAAGUGGCCGAAACAAACAAGAAAGCUCGACUUCUCGAAGGCAUUUCAAUUCCUAAAAGAUGGUUCCAGCACUUUUAUCAGUUUGGAGUUGUCAUCUUUACCUUCAUCACUGUGUUCAUGGUGCGGUCAUAUGUUUUCGGUUUGCCACUGCCAGGCACCAUCAUUAAAGUGGUUGAUUUCUUUGAGCCAAGGCCUGCUAUGACUGUGUCAGCAACCAGCAUCCUCCUAGUACAAGUGCUAGAGACAUGCCAUGUGUAUCGACGUUGCUACGAGUGUAUGUUUGUGUCGGUCUACUCUAACGUGCGCAUGCACGUGUGGCAUUACCUCAUGGGUUACUUUUUCUAUUUUGGAGUGCAGCUCACCAUACUGGCAAAUGCGCCAAGUACCUCAGAAUCUGCUGUGCCAAGGUUUUCCGUAUCAGAUAUCUCGGCGCAUCACAUCAUUGGCACAGUCGUCUUCCUGUGGGCUUUCUGCGUGCAGUUUGACUCUCACCUUCGCAUGUCUUCCUUACGGAAAGACCAUAAAGGCAAUGUGGUCACACUGAACCACAAGAUUCCCCAGGGUGGCAUGUUUGCAUAUGUCUCCUGCCCUCACUACAUGGCUGAGCUUGCAAUCUACUGUGCACUCAGCCUGGUCUUAGGCCAGCCCAACACCACCUGGUGGCUCAUGAUGGCCUGGAACUGGUCCAACCAAGUGGCCAUCUCUUUCUUCAGCCACAACUGGUAUCGGCAAAAUUUCCCCAGUUACCCAAAGCACAGAAAGGCAAUCAUACCCUUUGUGCUCUAGGAUUGUGUGAGAAUGUCAUAGCUAUUCACUGUUCACUCUUUUAAUGGUUAUAGCUGUACAAAUCAAUUAAAAAGUGCCUCUAGAAUGUUGUUCAAAGUUUCAAGUAGUCAAUCAAGUUCUGUGGAAAUCGGCAAGGUGGGAGAAGUUUCGUGGAAAUGAAAGUUGACCUCAUCCAUCUUCUCGUGGAUGCCAGCUUUUGCUUUUAUUAAAGUUUCAGUAAAUGAUGUUGUCAUUACAUCAUGUGUUUUGAAGAUUUUUCACAUUAAGCAUUUACUGCAAUAGCGUAGCCACAAGUUGGCUACACACCAUUUACUUCUACUGCUCAGCAGCCAUGUGUGUGCCCACCAGGAGUGGGCAAACAAACCUCAGAGGACCUCUGACCCAUUAAUAUGCGACAUUAAGCUGUGGGUACCAACAGUGUACAGAAACCAUGCAUUUGAAUGUUGAGUACAGUGUGUUUAGUGCCUGCUGCAGGGAAAGAAAUGUGUAAGCAUGCUUUCAGAGUAUAUAAUUGUUUGCAGUAGAGUUGUGCAUUUCAAGCUGCAGGUACUGUCAAGUAAAAUGCUGUUAUGACAAGAAAGGUGGCAUCCCACGUGAAUCUUGUUUUAUAAAGGUCACCCCCCCUCCCACACCCACACACACACUUUUUUGUUUUUCUUUUAUCUUGGUUCUCACUUAGUGAGAAAGUUUGCUACACCUGGUGUUUGUAGUUAGUGCCACUUGUCUGCCCAAAGUGGCACUUUUUAUGGAAUAUGUAGCAGAUACUCACCUGUAAAGUGAACUGAAUAAGUAAGGUCACCUUAAAAACACAAUUCUUCGUUGCAUUGACAUAGGGGAGCAAGAUCAUGCUUCCACUUAACAGAUAUUUACUUUAAUGAUGAGCUGGAGUUAUUCUUCGUAUUUGGCCAAAAGCUUCUCGGAGAAGUAACAUGAUGCCAAACUGAUCUGCUACACAGAAUAGCACACUGAACAGUGACAGUAAAAAUGAAGGCAUUCAAGUCGUACUGUAGCACAACCUGUUUGCGACAUUCGCCUGGGCGUGAAAUAGCAUGCAGUAGAAUUAAGAAUGCAGUUCCAGCCACAUUGUUGUCAACACUACUGUCAUCUUUACACCAUUUGGAAUGCACAACUAAUUGCCUGCAAUGACCUUAAAAGGGCCCUGCAGCACCUUCCAAGAAUGUGGAAUGCAUAACAUGUUUAAGAAUCUUCUUGACAAAAAAAAAUAUUUUCGAAUGCAUCUUUUAAGAACAGAGUUAUUGGCAAUCAAACGUUGCCUCUGCCAUUCUUUCGAUAUCUUUUAAUUCCUACUGCACUUGAAACUGUACCGAAGUGGAGCAAUCCAAUGUUGCUUUGCCUAUCAUUACAGUGAGCUUUGAUGUCGGCAUAGCCAAUAAGACCAACUUGUUACACUCCCUGAUAAUGAAGGCCACAGUAUUGGUACAAUGGUAUUCUUCUCUUCCCUACCACCAGAUGAUGCCACUGCCUAAUUUGUCAUGAGAUUUCUCCGUUUUCAGUACUGCCCAACAUGUAAAAAAAAUCUGGCCAAUAGCUGUCAUGUUUGCAAAACAGUAGGUGCAUGACAGUAAGCAUAAAAUGUAGCAAAUUCAAGAGAUUCAGGUAAGUGGCAGGCAGUCAUUCAAGAUAUAUUGUAGCCUCCCUACCCAUGCACAGAAAUAAUAUUUGGCUCAGGUGUUCAUGACAACAUGCCUAGUGACUUGAUGAUUUACCAUAAGCUAAAAAUGUUGCAGGGCCACUUUAAUGCCAUUGUUCUUUUGUCAGUGGUAGCAUAAUACACUUCACAUUUGGUGUUAGGGAUAGUGAUUACUUUUGCACUAAUAUACUGCAACACGUCGAACAUUUACUAGGUACACUUUAAGCCUAUGCUGGUGCUUCCACAAAACUGCUUGUAUGACCACAUUACAUAGGCUGCACAAAGAAUGGGAGGACCUUUUGUGAUUUGUCGUCAUAAUCUCUAUGCAUGACUGUGUACAUUUGCUAAAAGUCAGUGUAUUUCUUUACACUUCUCGAUAAACAUAUGCCUGAACUUCUGCUGUGAAGUAAAACUUCCUUUCAUACUUUGAGCUACCUCUUGAGCUCGCCUUGCUCAAUCUUGACUUGGAAGUGUUUCUAUUUUGUCCCUGACUUUGUGGCUGAAUAAAUAAAUAUACAAAUGA